UUGAUGUACUCUCUCCAAACCUCAGUUUUCUUGUCUAUAAAAUGAAAUAAUACCUACCUUACUGGGCUUGAGUGAGGAUUAGAUGAGAAAAUAUGUCCUAUAUAUAGUUCCUGUAAAAAGUGUGCAAUAAACAUGAGUUCAUGGAUCUUGCCUUCUGAUUCCUAGCUCCUCAAAAAAGUAUACUGGCUAAGCUUGCAUGUUCUGGAUUUCCACAGGUUUUUAAGGAAUGGUCUUGAGCAGGACCAGGGAUAAUCAAGGUGAUGUCUUCCCCCAGACUCAUUCCCCUGUGGAAGGAUUUUAAAUACCUCAUAAAUGACACACUUAAAAACAAGCAAAAUUUAGAUGACUCAAAGAAUGAUGUAGUUGUGCUGAGUGACCGGUCUGAGAUACUAUUUAAAGAGUCUCGCCAUCCUCAGAAUAUGCCACUUAUAUGCUAUUACUUCAUUGAUGCCGACUUCUUUGCCUCUCUCUCAUGGGUGACAAGCACAAAAGAAAUACAGGCUGUAGUAUGGAUGAAGAGCAAAACUGAGGACAUGGUCGAGAAGAGAACAUUCUCCAUGACUGAACGAUUGCCGCCCAUCCAGUGUUUGGUACACACAGGUUCCUUUCAUAUCCUUGUGGCCUACUGUGGUGACUUGCUUCUGCGGCUCUUUAGGGACCACUUUCGGUCAUUCAAACCCCUGGGUAUAGUGCCCUGCCGCUUUAACAUCAACUGCCUCUGCUAUGACCCAGAAACGAAGAUGCUUCUGUCAGGUAUCCUGGGGGCAGUGGUCACCUGGACCAUUGAGCAAAGUGGCAGGGGCCUCCAAAUCGCCCACAUGGUUUCCAUGCCUGGUGAUGAACUUGUCCAGGACAUCAUAUUGAAUGGCCCCAGUGGCUCCCUCCUAGCCCUGUGUGAGACUGUGGUGAGGGUCCUUGAGCGCCAGGGCCAGAGUGAGCUAGUAGAAGUGAAGAGGUUCACUUCUACCACUAGUGGCUCAUCUAUCACCUGCUGCUUCACCUGUUUUGAUCAGGGCUUUCUCUAUGCUGGAAACUCGACUGGGUACAUCCAGGUAUGGAACCUCAGUCAAAGCUUCUCUUUCCACAGUUUCAAGGCCCAUUCCUCAUCAGUGAUAUGUAUCUGCAGCCGGCCAGAAGCCCACACCCUGCUAACAGCUGGUAAGGAAGGUUUCAUUAAGGAGUGGAAUCUUACUUCUGGGAAUCUGCUUCGGCAACUAGAACUUGGCGAGGAAUUGUAUCGACUCCAAUUUAUUGAUAACAUUACUUUCUUCUGCCAAACUGCCCAUACUUUCUCCUUGCGCCGUCUGCCCUGCUUCUAUAGCCUCUUCAAUGUUUGUGGCUCUGCUCCAGAGCAGGUUCGUCGGGUCCGCUGUGGUAAUAACUGGUUCCGGAUUCUAUGCACUACUGAGGAUGGCUUGUUACGCUUUGUGUCCCCAAUAACAGGGGAUCUUCUGGUUCUCACCUGGCCCUUCUCAAUCUUGGACCAGGCUGUGGAUUGGGCCUAUGACCCAGAUAAAGAGGAGCUCUUCGUAGCAACAGGGGGCUCAGAGGUGCUGGUCUUUGACACAACCCGCUGCCCUUGCCCAGCCAAGUAUCUUUUAUGCACCUCACCAAAUUCUCAGGACUCAGUACAAUGUAUGGCUUAUGGGCAUUUCCACCUCGGUCGGGGUCUAGAAGGACUAAUGUUUUCUGGAUACCAGAGUGGUAUGAUAAGAGUCCUUUCCCAGCACAGCUGUGCCCGAAUAGAGAAAUUCAUGCAUUUUGGGGCCGUAUUGGCCCUCUCUACACUGCCUGGAGGGCUUUUAGGUGGCCGAGAAAACUCUUUGCUUUGUUCUUAUGGAAUGGAUGACUAUAUACGCCUAUCAGAAGCUGUGCUUAAUGGGACCAGAGUACAUCUGCGUCCUCUAGCUAGCAUUCUCAGCAGCUGUCACCUAAAACACCUGAUACUCUUGCCAAAGUCUGUGGGUGCCAUCACAGAAACUAACUGCCUGCGUCUCUGGAAAUUCCAUGACUUUCUGCCCUCUGAGACACAGGCAAAGUUUAUAGAGACGUUGCCUCUGCACCAGUAUGCAAUUACGUCCUUUGAUGUAUGCCUGACCUUGAAUCUUUUUGUCACAGGUAGCAUUGAUGGCUCUGUCCGAAUAUGGAACUUUCACGGUAGACUUGUAGCCAUGCUGGACUCAUCAUUGCAUUUUGGUCCACUCUGCUUUGCAAAUGACCGGGGUGACCUGCUUGUGACUUUCAACCAGAGUCUUUAUCUGGUAUCCUGUUUAAAACUACUUCCUCCAACCCUGUUGGCUCGCCUUUCCUUUAUGAGCAUCCCAGAUGAUGUGCUAGAAAUCCCUAAGCCUUUCAUACCAAGCUUCUUCUUCUCCUUUGAGACCAUGUUUGUGCCCAAAUAUAUCUACCUUGGACAAGGGCAACAAGUAUUAGUGGGUCUGGAGAAACUUGUCAAUAAGCGGGCCAUUGCCUUUGACCAUACUGUGCCACAUGUCAUAGAAGACGAUGAGCAAGGAAGCUCCAUACUACUGUCUACCCCAAGACCAGGUUUCUUGAAUAAGGAGGACACUGCUAUACGCUUGAAGAAACCUUAUUCCCGUUAUGUGGUUCCUCCCCAACUACAGUUGACUGCCUGGGAUGGACUCAACCCUUAUCAGAUACUGAAAUGCUAUUUUGGUUAUGGCCGGAAAUGGCCCUUUGCUCCUGAUUGCUAUAUCCCUAACUCAGUGAUUCGUGCCCGUCUUUGGCCAGAGGGCAGCCCAAUAUACCUACAGUGCAACCUGCAUUCACCCAUACGGAAGUUGGAAUGGGACAAAUCUCAACAAUUCUUCUGGCACAGUAAGGUAAGACCUAUACAUGAUGUAAAAGAACAACCACAGGAAAAGGAAGAUGAAGACUUCCUAAAAAGGAGAAUGUCCAAGGAUAUAACUUAUAGUGUCUUUACAGACACAACAAACCGUAGUUGGCUGGGAAAAAAGAUGAAUGAAGUAGCUAUUAAUAGCUUGAUUGAGACAAUCCUCAACAUUAUGAUUUAUGCUCCUCCUCCAUUGAAGUACCAAUACUGUGUUAGUGCACUAGGGCAAAUCUUUGCUUCUUACCAAGUGUCUCCACCCCUGCGCUCUGAAACAGCCCAUCGUCUGCUAGAUGAUACAACCAAUUCUAAUCCACUGAUCCGAGAGCUAGCCUGGGAAGGGCUGAAUCGUCUAGGAGUUAUCACUCAUCUCUUUGCCAUGGCUCUGGCCCAAGGGUUAAUGGACAAGGACCAAAGAGUGAGGAAUAAGGCACUGAACCUCAUGGCUGACACUGGAAUUCACUCUAAGACUUCACUCUUAAACUUGAUCCAGAAUCGAGAUACUUUCCAGGGGAUGCAGCAGGAAAUGAUUGGUGAAGAAAGCCUGGACAAUCUGCUGGGGAUGCGUGCCACAGAUCUCCAAAUUCUUCAUACUCAAGUGGAGCAGCGAUUAAAUGAAAACCUGACCUUGUCACAUGGAGAUGAAAAGCCUUCUUUUUCUUUAGAUGUCUCAAGGAGUCCUAAAACAAUAUCCGUUCUCGAUGAAACUGAUGUAAUUCCAGAUGACUCUGAAGUUGUCAUCAAGCCCAGCAAAGGCCACAGACGGGGCCGGGCAGGGGGAAGAAAGCAUGCCCAAAAGAAGUUGAAAGAGACUGGCACAGAGCCAAGUCCCUUAGAAGGUGAAAGUGAUCAGAGUAAAGUUGAGAUGGAGGAUACAGCCAUCAGUUCUCCAAUCUAUAGUUUACUAAAAAUUUCUAAAGAUGCUGAACAACAGCCUUCAGAGAAAGAUGUCUCAAAGGAUAUUGCAAUGACCACGAGGAUGCUAAGGAAAAUACAAGACAAAAGAGGCAAGAAAAAGAGGCACAAAAAAAAGACAAAGCAAGAUGAAGUUAUAAUUGAGGAACCUCUGUCUGAUGUAAAGGAAGAACCAGUUGCGAAGAAGGUGCAAGACAUAAGGCGGGGUGCCUUUGGAGCUCCUGGACACAGGGCUAUCCCUGGAGAUGGCUCAUCCUGGAGAGAUGACCUAUGUCGUCUUAUGACACUGAGGAUAUCUGGUUCCCAAACAACAAUGUUAGAAUCUCUAAACACUGAGUUAGUAACCAUGGCUCAGAAGGUGCUGGCAGAUAAGCGCCCCAGCUGGGAGCUCUUUGAGAAGAUCUGUCCCCUGCUGAAGAAAGAAAGUGAAGUUCUGCUUGAGGACCUUGACUGGGAUGUAGCUUGGCCAGAGGAGAAACCAAUUUUUAUUCAUGAAGGAGCAAUUAGAGAGGACAUGGUGAGCGUAGACACUAAAGAAAUACCAGAGGGGCAGGGUCAAGUACAAAAGGAAGCAAGGGAUAUACAGGAAUUACAGGAAAUCCAGGUGAUUCCCAAAAAGGGGAAGAAAAAGAAAGUUAUUUUUUUAGAACCAGGUGACUUAACUAAGGGGAAACUAAUACUGAAACAAGAAGAUAAGAAAUCCUCUAAGAAGCCCUCUGUGCAAAAGAGGAAAGUAGUCCAGAAGGAAAUAAAAGUGGAUAAAAAAGAGGAGAGAAUGACCAUAAGAGAGAGGGAUGUGAGUCUGGAAGAGGGAGAAAUGGCCAAACUAGAGGAGAAAGUGGUUGAGCAAGAAGUAAGAGCAGUUACAGAUGAGAAGAAGCUGUCUUUGCAGGAUUGGAAAAAAUCCUGGGAUGAGUGGAAACAGGCUCAUGGUGAUACAAGGAUAUCCUGGGAUGAGUGGAAGAAAGCUUGGGAAAGGGAGACUCUUGAGGAAGAGGAGAAACCACAAGAGGACAAAGAGAAGCUACCUCUAGAUGAGGAAAAGCUGGCUGGGGAAAAGAAGCUGGGAUGGGAUGAGGAGGCACAUGUCUGGGAAACUAUGUCAGACAGGUCCAGGGAGCAAAAGUUCAAGGAUGAAGAGGAAUUGACCCUGGAGAUAGAAUUGUCUCAAGAGUGGGAAAAAGAAGCAGAGGAAGGAGAAGGAGAAGAAGAAGGAGAAGGAGAAGAAGAAGGAGAAGGAGAAAGAGGAGAAGAAGAAGAAGAACUGUUGACAGAAGAGCAGAGACAGAUACAGGAAGAAUAUAAACAGGCCCAGGCUGAGAGGGAACGAACCCAAGCUGAAAGAAAACGAGCCCAAGAAGAGAGGAAGCUGGCACAAGAAGAAGAGAAACUGGCACAAGAAGAGGGAAAACUAGCUCAGGAAGAGAGAAAACUGGCCAGAGAUCACGGGAAACUGAUUCAGAGAGACAGGAAAAUGGCCCAGGCAGAGAGGAAGUUUGUCCAGAAAGAGGAAAAACUGGCCCAAAGAGCAGUGCUGCUAAGCCAGGGAGCAGAGAAAUUGGCCCAGAAUAGGACAAAACUGGCCAAAAAAUUUGAAAAACUGGCUGGCAAAGAAGAGAAAAUAGCAAAGAAAGGAGGGAAGCUAGCUGAGGUUAAAACUAUAUUGGUCCCGAAAAUGGAGGAAGUGGUCCAGAAGGAGCAAGAUAUUGCAUGGCAGGAAAAGGAACUAGCCCAAGAAUUGGAGGAGUUGACAUGGGAAGAGGAGGAAAUGGCUUGGAAAGAAGAGCAACUAAAUCAGGAAGUGGAGGAAUUAGCUAAGGAAGAGGAGAGAGUGGCUCAGGAGGAGAAGACACUGGCCUGGAAAGAGGAUAAACUGGCUAUGGAAGAGAAAAAACUGGUCCAGGAAGAAGAGCUGCUGAUCCAGGAAGAGAAUAAACUGGCUGAGGACAAAGAAUUUCUGCCUGAGGAAGAAGAAAGGCUUGCCCAGAAAAGGGAGCAGUUGAUGGAGAAUAAGGAAAAACUGGCCCAGGAAAGGGAAAUUUUGAUCCAGAACAAAGUGGACCUUGCAAACAAGAAGAAAAUACUAGCCCAGAGGAAGAAGACUCUGGAUCAGGAGAAGAAGGAGCUGGGUCAGGAGAAGGUAAAAUUGAUUCAUAGGAAAGAGAACUGGCACCAGCUUGAAGAAAACCUUUCCCAGAACAAAAAUAAACUACUGCAAGUAAAGGAGAAACUGGACACAUACAAGGAAAAAUUAUUUCAGGUAGAGGAGACACUGGUGAAGGAAAAGGAGGAAAUUUUCCAGAAGAGGGAGAAACUGGCUGAUGUAGAGAAAAAACUGGCCCAUGUAGAGGAAAACCUAGCUGAGAAACAGCAUAAGCUAGCCCAGGACAAAAUGAAAUUCACUAUGGAGAAGAGGGCAGUACUUCAAAAACUGAACCUGCUCAGUAAAGAAGAUGAUAUUACUAAGAAAGAAAAGACAUUGGGCAUGGAAAUGAAGAAACUGACCGAGGAAAAGGUGAGACUGGCUGAAGAAAAGGAAACUGUCUUAAAGGGAGAGAUUCAAGAAACCUCAACACAGAGGAAACUGAAUAAGAAUGAACUAGAACUACUUAAAAGGAAAUUGUCACUAGAGGAGAAGAUACUGACAUAUGAAAAUAGGAUAUUGGCCACAAAACAAAGUGACAUUGCCAAAGAAAAAUUAGAAUUUGCCAGAGGAGAAAGAGUUUAUGCUCAGGAAGAAAGGAAGCUAACCAAAGUAAUAACGAAGCUGACUAAAGGAAACAUUUUCAAGAAACUAGCAAAAAUUAGCAAAACAAUCUUAAGUGUAUUUCAAAACCUUAUCAAAAAAGAAAGGAUACUAACCCAGGAAGAAACACAGAUGACACAGAUAACAAGGUCAUUCUUGGAUCAGGAAAGAAUUUUGAGCAAAGAACAAAAAAAACUUGAUGCCAGAAAGUUGGAUAUUUCUGAGGAACAAUCAGAGAUGACCAAAGAUGAGGAGAAACUGGCUAGGAAACAGAGAAAACUGGCCAAGGAAAUGAGAAGAAUGAUAAAGAAAGAGCAACAAAUAACUGAGGAGGAAACCAGACUGUCCAGGCAACAGAAACAUAUCAUGAAGGGAGAAGAGGAGUUGGGAACAACAGAGGAAGAAGAAGAAAUGACAUUUCUUAAACAAAAGCAAAGUAAGAAAAAAGCACUAAAGAGAGUUGAAAUGCCACAGGAAAAAUUUCCCAGUCAGGGGGAUGAGGUAGAAAGUGAAGAGAGCUUUUCUGGAAAAAUGGAAAGCCUGUUAGAUGAAGUAGAGCGAGAGAGUUUGUCUGAGGAGGAGGAGGAAGAGGAGAAGGAAGAGGAUAAAGAAAGGGAGGAGGAAGAAGAAGUGGAAGAAGAGGAGGAAGAAGAGGAGGAAGAGGAAGAAGAGGAGGAGGAAGAGGAGGAGGAGGAAGAAGAGGGAGAGGAAGUGGAGGAAGAGAAGAAGAUGGAAGACAAAAAAGUGGAGGAAGAGGAGGAGAAGAAGACAAAGAAAAAGAAGAAGAAGGCAGCAGCAGUGGCAGCAGAGAAGGAGAAGAAAAAAGUGUUUGAGAAGGAUAAAAGCAUGAUUAAGGAAGAACUAGAAAGUUUGAGAGAGAAAGAAGAGGAGGAAGAGGUGCGAAGUUCAUUGGAAGAAGACAUAGACAAGGAAAAAGAGAUCUUUAAAAAAGAAAAAUUAUUUAAGUCACAAGAAAAAAGAGAAAAGGAUCUAGAAAGAAGAGAAACAGUUCCUUCUAUUAGAAAAAGAACCCCUGAGGUCAAAGGCAGGGAUAUAAACCUGGAAAUUCCGAAGAUCCCUUCCAAGAAACUGAUCUCAAUAGCUCUGGGGAGGGAAAAGACUAUCCCAGUGCCAGGGUCUAAGAAACAAAUAUCCUGGAUAGAUAAGGAUGCAGUAUUUAAGACACCCAGGAUAUUCCCAGAGACAAAUUUUAUGGAUAAGCAACGCGAGCUAUUGAAGAAAUAUCAGCCCAUUCCUCUACAAGUUUUGGAUACAGUUUUGGAGUCCCGAGAACCAGAUUUCAAGACCCCAUAUUUAUCCCAUAUAUUGAGGAAGAGCGAAAAAGAACAGAAACUUCAAGGCAAACCACUAGGGGAUAGGUGGCAGUGGCUUUCGAAGCGUCAUCCAUCUCUGAUGGGACAAACUAAGGUACAAUUACCUGUGCCCCAAAUCCCAGCUGAGGAAAUAUCUGCAGAUGUAAGCCUCUCAGAUAAAGAGUGGGUCCACCAUGUCCUAGAACAGAUAGAGGCAGGAAAACAGCUUUCCAGAGAGAGUUUCCACAGAUUGUGUCAGCUUGUCAAAGACCUUAUUUCAAAGGGAACCUUAGAGUGGAUGCAUCUAGCCAAACUUGAAGCUAUCAUUUACCGUCACAGGCAGGUUCUGGAAUCACAAAGCACAUGUAUCUCAAAACCCAGUAAGAAGAUCGUGGGUCCUAAAUACUUGGAAGUGAUCCCUCCUAUAAAAAGAAAGGAAAAGGAAAGCCAUCUAAAACCUUUGGCUUUUUCCUCAUUAGCUAACAAAAGGAUUCCAGAGGCUAUAAAUUGGCAACUUCUAUCAGAGCCUUAUAGGAGUGCACGGGCAGAGCAGAUAUUCAGUGCCCUUAAGGAGAUGGAGAGGCAACAUGUUUAUCCUGCUACAAGAGACAUUGUCAUAGGUGCCCAUGCCUCUGUAGAAAAACAAACGCUAGCACUGACGUUUCAAAAGGACUUAUGGGCUUUUAAGGAUAAAGGCAGGUUUCCCAGAUUGCCCAAGAUGGAGAAGACAACACAGCCCAGCUCUAAAAAACAGGAAGAAGUGCCUCUAUGGGAUACAUUUGUGGCACUCUACCAUGUUUUACGGAUGUUGCAGGAGCAAUAUGCAGAAGACAGUGCUGGUUGGACAGAACAGUUCUACCACCUCAUGGAUCUGUACCAAUUUAAGUCCCCCGGAAUCCAGAGAUUGCUGCAAGAGCUGCUACUGAGAGAGGAACCCCAAUCCCAUAAGAUCAUCUACAAAGAGGCCCAAAAGGCCAUGGAGCUGGUUCCCGGGGAGCGAUUGUUCUACCACCUGUUUUGUGGUCGCUCUCACAUUCCUAGAGGUCCUCUGGAGUUCCAGGAGGUGGUGUCUCUCUCAGGACAGAACAACGUGCAUACCAUGCUUCCAAUGGGCAUUGCCCAUUAUGGCAUCUUAGAACUUGCCUGGAAGAGCCUGCCCCAAGCUGAUAUUCACCUUACCAAUGAAUUGUCCCACAUUGUGCCUCCUACCCCCUAAUUUAGGACUGACUGGACAUCAGGACUUUUCAUUCCCACCUGGAGAAAGGUCUUGCCACCAGAUCUAGACCUUUAUUCCUAAGGCCCAUACAGAGGUAGGGCCAGGCCAAAGCCCUUUCCCUACCCAGCUCCAGGAGCCAGCUUCUAUAUGUGGAAUAAAGAUCAAGUUCUCAUAUC